AUGAGACUUUCCAUCAUUGAGUGUAUUUUAAUUGCCUUCCUAUGUCGCACAGUAAACGCCGAAAAUGGGACCUUCCACUCGGACCGCUUUCCUGGAGCCGAGCUGUCCCACCCUCCCAUCUGCACGGCAACCAUUCCCUCCAUGAAUGACGUACUCUGUGUCUACACCUACGCCUCAUUCAGCAACAACAGAGGCAUUUCAAUCUUCACAACACCCGAUAUCCACUCGCACUUUGCUCUCCUUCUCAGACGACACUACUCUUCUCCCGAUCCUACUACCAAUGCCACUCCGUUAAAAUGGGAGUCCAAGUUCAUCCCUGGCAAAGGAAUUGGCGUCCGUGCCACCUCGCCACUUACAUACGGCGAGAAACUCUCCUCUUUCACACCAGUCCUGCUGUCGUAUCUCGACGAGCGAUCUCUCACUUCCCUCGAGAGGGAACACUAUCUCCGUACUGCCAUCGAGCAACUUCCCACCCCGACACGGUCGAAAUUUCUCGAUCUCACACGCAUCUACGAUGACGACCGCAUCGAAGUCCAAGACGUAAUCAAGGCCAAUUCCUUCGAGCUCCAGGUUGGCGGGGUGAUGCACCUUGCCGUCUUCCCCGAAAGCUCUCGCUUUAAUCACGACUGUGCCCCCAACACGCAGUAUUACAUGGACGCAGAGCGACUCACCCAUGUUCUUCACGCGACAAGAGAGGUGCGCGAGGGGGAAGAAUUGAGUAUCGCGUAUAUCGAUCCCUUAAGGAGCUCCAGGAAGCGGGGUUAUCAUCUAAAGGCUGCGUUUCAUUUCAUGUGCGGCUGUGAGAGAUGUUCGAACCCAGACGAGUCCGACGUUCACACUUCUAUGAUUCACUCCCUGCACGAGACAUUCCAGGACUGGGACUGGACCGAAGAUAGCCUACCUUCCUCCAUCACACAGCUCCUCCCCGUAUUCAUUCCCUCCAAGUAUUUCAAUCAUCCAAUCACGAACGCCGCCGAGUAUCUUAUCAAGCUGCACGAGCAAGAAGGAUUACAGGGGUUUGUGGACACUCCGUAUGGGCAUGCGGCCCUGGCAUAUGCAAGUUUACAGCAAGAAGGACCGGCGAUGAUGUAUGCGGAGAAAGCUCUACGAGCGCUGAGGUUGCGAUUCGGACCCGCUGGUGGAGGGAAUGAAGGUGUUUGGGAGGGGAUUCUGACCCAAGGUAUCAAAGGACAUUGGAGUUGGGGGAGACGACUCAGAAAGAAUGGCCGAAUAGAUCAAAAGGAAGAACUAUAG